AUGGCAGAGAACAACCCCGAUGUAAUGAACCAAUUGGCAGCGAAGUUGGGUCUAUCGUCUGAGCUCCAGUUCUACGACGUCUAUUCUCUGGAUGAACCCGAACAACUCGCACAUAUCCCUCGACCUGCCCUGGCUCUGCUGGUCGUCAUUCCACUUACACCAGCUUGGGAUCGAAGUCGCAAGGCCGAAGAUGCUAACAAAGAAUCCUACACUGGCUCCGGCCCUGACGAGCCGGUCAUUUGGUUCAAGCAGACCAUCGGCCACGCCUGCGGCUCGAUCGGUCUGCUCCAUAGCGUGAUCAAUGGUCCGGCCGCCGACUUUAUCAAGCCUGAUUCCGAUCUCGCGGCGAUACGAAGCCUCGCCAUACCUCUGGAUAUGACGAAACGCGCCGAAAUGCUGUACAACAGCGAGCCAUUCGAACGUGCUCACAAGUCAGUCGAGCAGGCCGGCGACAGCUAUGCAGAUCCGACGAGUGAGCGUAAUGGUGGGCAUUUUGUGAGUUUUGUCAAGAGCGGUGGGAAGCUCUGGGAGCUUGAAGGGUCGAGGAAGGGUCCUCUGGAGAGAGGAAGUCUUGCUGACGACGAGGACGUUCUCAGUCCGCGAGCGCUUGACAUGGGCAUCAAGAGGAUCAUCAAGUUGAACGCGGAUGGAGGAGGAGAGAGCCUUCUUUUUAGCUGCAUUGCUUUGGCUCGCAGGCCUUAG